CAGUUGAAUUUACGUUUAUCCAGCGACAGGGCACACUCACAGGUGGCUGCAACAAGAAAACCGAUUCCGACCGAUUCGAUUUGAACGAAUAAACGAAGUUAGAAUGAAGUGGUGCGCUGUGUUUUUGUUAGUGGCUGUCAUCGUUCAGCGAGACCAAGUCUUUGCAAAGCCUGGAUUUGACGGGAUUCCGGAAUUGACACUCAAUUCAAUUUUAUAUCAACACGAAACGCAUCGAGACUAUCAUCUACAGAAUGGCGUCGAAUUUGUCAAGAAGCAAAUUGUUAAAACAUCAAAGUUGAACAGAAACAUUGCGAAAAAUGCAAUUCUAUUCUUGGGCGACGGAAUGUCAGUUCCAACACUGGCUGCAACUCGCGUUUAUAUCGGCGGCGAAGAAAAGUCAUUGUCAUUCGAAGAAUUCCCCUACGUAGCGAUGUCGAAAACAUAUUGUGUCGAUGGGCAGGUGGCCGACUCAGCGUGUUCAGCGACAGCCUAUCUGACUGGUGUAAAAGCUAAUGACGGCACAAUCGGCGUGAGUGCACAAGUGCCGCGAAAGCAUUGUACAGCCGGAAAUAAUAAGGCCCAUCAUACACAUUCGAUUGCACAAUGGGCGUUUAAUGCCGGCAAAUCUAUCGGUCUCGUCACAACCACCCGAGUUACUCACGCGAGUCCAUCAGGAGUCUAUGCACAUAUUGCCGAUCGCGAUUGGGAGUGUAAUACCGAUGUGAAAAGUGCAAACUGUGAUGAUGAAGUCGUCGAUGACAUCGCUGAGCAAUUGGUGCAUGGUGAGGUGGGAAAAAAUCUGAAAGUAAUAUUCGGUGGUGGUCGUUACAAUUUCAUCAAUGAAAGCACAGUAGAUGAACAGGGCAAUGCUGGCAAACGAACCGAUGGCAAAGAUUUGAUCACCGAAUGGAUCAACAAUCACAAACCAAACGAAAAACGCUCGUAUGUGUGGAAUAAAAAUGGUUUGUUAUCGCUUCACCCGUCUGCAAAUGAGAGUGUUUUGGGCUUGUUUGCACCCAGCCAUUGUGAAUAUAAUCACAAAAUUGAUGGUAUUUCUGAUACGGCGCCGACCUUGAAAGAAAUGACAAUGAAGGCCAUCGAAAUUCUGCAAACCAAUCCAAAAGGUUUCUUUUUAUUUGUCGAAGGUGGUCGAAUUGAUCACGCAUUGCACGAUACUCUUGCACACAUCGCACUGGAAGAAACGGCCGAAUUCUCGCGGGCCAUAAAAGUCGCCACGCAAAUGCUCAGCACCGAUGAUACGUUGUUCGUUGUUACAGCCGAUCAUGCACACACCUUAUCAUUUGGGGGAUAUCCCGACAGAGGCAGUAAUAUCUUUGGAGUAGCUUCACGUGGCGAUGACGAUCAUAAACCAUAUUUGAAGUUGAGCUUUGCCAACGGACCAAGCUAUGUGCCUAGAAAUAGCAGUCAACGUGAAGAUCCAACACAAGACGCAGCCAAAUUGAAUGAUUUCGAUUAUUUGUCACCGGUAACGGUGCCAUUGGAAGGUGAAACGCAUGGCGGUGAUGAUGUGGUGAUUUUCGCUACAGGACCACAUGCACAUCUUUUUUCUGGUAGCAUGGAACAACACACUAUCCCACAUUUCAUGGCUUAUGCCACUUGCAUCGGCGAUGGAAUCACUCAUUGUAACAAAUCAAAAGGCAAUUAAUUCAAUUUCAACUGUCAAUAAGCCAUUGCAGUAUAGUUUAAUAUCAAAUUAUUGUAAUGUAAACGAACUAAAAUUAAGAGUGAAAUUGAAUUAAGUUUAAUCAAGACAAAGAAAAACAAUGUAUACAAUUGUCUGAGGUCUGAA